AUGGCUAAGGCGCCGGAGGGAGAAGACGACUCCUUCCUGCAGCCCUCGCAGAAGGGGUCCCCCGGGCUCCAGGAGGAUUGCUAUGAGGGCCUGCUGGGGAAGGCCUUGCUCUCCUACCCGGAGCAGGGGCUAUGCGCCCCGGCGCUGCAGCAAGCCAGUUCGCUGGACAGCCAAGAGCAGGGCGAUCCGGAGCCUGCCCUGCCCAUUGGGAUCAAGUCAGAAAUACAUUUUAACAGUGAAGCCCUUUCCUCAGAAGAGGAGGAUACAGAUAUUCAUGACAGUAAAAUAAAAUCCUUCGACAAAAACCUGUCUCCGAAGAAAACCAUCACGCAGAUUAUGAAGGACAAAAAGAAACAGACCCAGCUCACCCUACAGUGGCUGGAAGAAAACUACAUCGUGUGUGAGGGAGUUUGUUUACCGAGGUGCAUCCUUUAUGCACAUUAUUUAGACUUCUGCAGGAAAGAGAAGCUAGAACCUGCCUGUGCUGCGACGUUUGGGAAGACCAUUCGUCAGAAAUUCCCCCUGCUUACCACACGGCGGCUUGGGACAAGAGGCCAUUCAAAGUAUCAUUACUAUGGAAUUGGCAUUAAAGAAAGCAGCGCGUAUUACCACUCUGUGUAUUCUGGAAAAGGGUUGACAAGGUUUUCUGGAAGCAAGCUGAAGAAUGAGGGUGGCUUCACUAGGAAAUACUCUCUUAGUUCCAAAACUGGAACACUUCUUCCAGAGUUCCCCAGUGCUCAACACCUUGUUCUUCAAGGGUGCAUUUCUAAAGAAAAGGUAGAUACCCUUAUCAUGAUGUACAAAACACACUGUCAGUGUGUCCUUGACAAUGCAAUUAAUGGGAACUUUGAAGAGAUCCAGCAUUUCUUAUUACAUUUUUGGCAAGGAAUGCCUGACCACCUUCUUCCCCUGCUCGAAAAUCCUGUUAUCAUUGACAUCUUCUGUGUUUGCGACUCAGUACUCUACAAGGUCCUCACAGAUGUACUCAUCCCUGCAACAAUGCAAGAAAUGCCAGACAGUUUAUUGGCAGAUAUAAGGACUUUUGCUAAAAACUGGGAACAGUGGGUUGUUUCAUCUCUAGAAAAUCUACCAGAAGACCUGGCAGAUAAGAAACUGCCUAUUGCACGAAGAUUUGUUUCCUCUCUGAAACGACAGACAUCAUUCUUACACCUAGCUCAGAUUGCUCGACCAGCCCUCUUUGAUCAGCAUGUGGUGAAUUCCAUGGUGGCUGAUAUUGAGAAGGUAGAUUUGAAUAGCAUUGGGUCUCAAGCUCUUCUCACAGUCUCAGGCAGCAUGGAAUCUGAUGGGGAAGUCUACACUGAAUAUGACUCUAUUACAGUGUUCCAAGAACUGAAGGACCUGCUAAAGAAGAAUGCCACUGUGGAAUCAUUUAUUGAAUGGUUGGAUACUGUGGUUGAGCAAAGGGUUAUCAAGGCAAGCAAACAAAAUGGGAGGUCACUGAAGAAGAGAGCUCAAGAUUUCCUUCUCAAAUGGAGCUUUUUUGGUGCCCGAGUGAUGCAUAAUCUCACCCUAAACAACGCAUCAAGUUUUGGUUCUUUUCAUUUGAUCCGUAUGCUACUAGAUGAGUACAUCCUGCUAGCCAUGGAGACCCAGUUCAACAAUGACAAAGAACAAGAACUCCAGAAUCUAUUGGACAAGUAUAUGAAGAAUUUGGAUGCAAGUAAAGCUGCCUUUACCGCAUCACCAAGCUCUUGCUUCCUCGCAAACCGCAACAAAGCUGCUACCCUUCCUAGUGACACUUCAGUCAAAAAUGAGUGCCUUGCAGAGCAAACGUAUGUGUCAUUGUCAGCCAACCAGCACAGCAGUUUAUAUUCUGGUUUGAACCCCUUCUCCACUGGGGACAGUGAAAAUAUGCAGCUAACAGGUCAGCUGGAGCUCUCUCAAAGCACUGGUCAUCUGAUGACUCCACCCAUUUCCCCAGCCAUGGCCAAUCGAGGAAGUGUUAUCAACCAGGGCCCAAUGGCUGGGAGACCGCCAAGUGUAGGCCCAGUGUUAUCCACACAUUCACACUGCUCUUCCUAUUCAGAGCCCCUUUACCAGACUUUGUCACAAACCAAUCAGAGCUAUUAUGGAAGCAAUUCCAAUUACCAGGCCAUGUUCAGGCCCCAGACCCCUACCCCUUCAGGAGUUUAUCACCACAGGGCAGAGCACAGUCGAUUCGCAGCCUUGAGUGAGCAGCAGUUCUCCAGAGACUACUUCAGUAGCAGUUGUGCUGUGUCUCCAUACAAUCCCAGGUCUCCCUCCAACUACGGUCCCUCCUCGACUACACAGGACACACACAAUAUGCAGUUUUUGAACACUGGGAGCUUCAAUUUCCUGGGCAAUUCAGUGUCUGCUGCCUGUCCAGGAGCAACAUAUCCCCCUAAUGCUUCCAAUGGAUACUAUGGAAACAACAUAAACUACCCAGAAUCCCACAGACUUGGCUCAAUGGUGGAUCAGCAUGUUUCUGUAAUCAGUAGUGUAAGCAGCAUUCGACCACUGCCGCCAUACAAUGACAUUCAUGACCCACUCAACAUCUUAGAUGACAAUGGAAGAAAACAGGCAGGCUCAUACUAUACAGAUUCCUCAUCUUCAAUAGUCUGUCGGACCCCCAUAAUUACCUUUCUUUUCACAGCUUCUAAUAUGCAAACUGCAAUAGCUGCAUCCUCCUCCCAGUGCAUGUACGGAACAUCUAACCAGUAUCCCUCUCAGGAAACGCUGGACUCCCAUGGGCAGCCCAACAGAGAGAUGGUGCCAUCUUUACCACCAAUCACCACGGUCUUCAUGGGAGCGGCUGCUGGAGACACCUGAAUUAGGAGAGGCAUUUUGUUUUUUUACACUUAUUUUCCACUUCUAGCCUCUGGUGGUUUUGUUAGUUGUCAAAGCCCAUCAAUGACUGGGAUGAAAAAGUAUUAAAAACUGGUCUUAAGGAACCCAGCAUGAAGAUAUUAACACCCACACAGAAAACAAGCUGUAGUCAGAUUGUGCCCUGCCCAUGAGUUGCUCAGAAAUUGUCAGCAUCAAUGCCGUUCUGAAGUCAUAACUUCAGGCUGAGCAGAAAGAACCAACGAUUCUUGCAGACAUGACUUGGCUGUGAAGAGAUGAUUUUUCCCAUUUUUAAUUUAUUAAAUACACUGUUUCAGUCUUUCACGUAAACCUUUUUUGUAUAAAAAUUGUUUAUUUAAUGCCUGUGAUGCUUGUUAUUUAUUAGGAUUGCAGAGUCACUGUUUACUUUCUCUUGUUUGACAAAUAGUCAAAUGUAUGUGUUCUACCUCCUAUGGAAAUGUUUACAAGGUCAAUUUUUUACGGCUUCAAAUCAAUCUAAAUCAAAAUUCUUAAG